CAUGGAGGAGUUUUUCCCUUUUUUUUUUUUUUUUUUUUUUUUUUUUAAUAUGGUGUAUUUAAAAACUUUGUUGUCAAUCCCUCCAUGAAAAAGAUAUGAAAUUCAAAUGUCCGUUUUUCCUUGAAAUAAAAAGCUCCUUGUGCCUCUUUGCUUUUGGACACUGCCUAGGAAUGAUAAAGAUAAGGAAGUUAUUUGCUUUUUGUUUUCCAUGUGGCAUGUCUGCAUUCAUAAUUUUUUGACAAAUCUAAUACUGAAUCAAAUUCUUGUCUUACAUAAGGCAUUAUGGAAGGUCAGUUUAAUCAAAAUAAUUUUUUUUUUAAUAUCAUACCCUGUGAUUUUUCUGUUGGGGGAAAAAGAAGAACCAAUUUUGUUUGACCCAAAGUAAAGCAAGGAAGUGCUGGAACCACACCUGCAAAUUUGUCAAUUUUUCCCCAUCAGAAGUACAAGUUGCUGGAUUCCUGAAGGGAACAAUUUUGGCAUAUAUGACCAAUCAAACUUUCUAAAUGCAGAUGAUUUGAGCUAAUUAAAAUUCACAGGACAAAAACAGUUGUGAUCCCAGGAGGCCUAGGAAUUUCAGUUCUUGGAGAAAUGCAACUUGCAGUAGUCAUAAUGAGUGAUCUCAUCAGGUUCAUGGUAAUCCUCAGGAAGAUAUCCAUGGUGUUCAUCACCAAAAAAAUCUGGCAUGGCUAAUUCACAAGAGCUCAAGCACUCUUGCCAUUUUGCUUUGAAAGCAUUGAGGGUAAUGUCUGUUUAGGUGUUUCCCCUACUCUUCUUACUCAUUUCAGAUUGUUCCUUCCUGUUUUUCUGAACAGCUCCUGACAUCCUUGGGAUUGCCCUGCUGGCACAUGAGUAGCCAUCAUUUGCAUUUACACUUUAAAGUGUAUAAGGCUUUCAGCAUAUAGACUGACCUAAGACUGUAACUUGUUUGCACAAAUUAAGCAAAUUUCUGUUUCUUAAUGUAGACUAGAUUCAGAGUAAAAAGCUUCAGUGUGACACAGAAGGAGAAAAACUCCCACAGCAGCCCUCCUCCUCUGCACCCCUGCCUAAGUGUCUUCAGUGAUUUCAGGGUGCGUGUUUGCUCCAGUUGGAUAUUGCCAAUGGCUGGGGCUCUGCACAUAAUCUUUGAAUAUUUCUGAUCUAAAGUCUCUCUGCUCUGUGUGCUUUGUUUCUUUGGCUGUGCACAAUGCCUUGCCCUGCACUCUGUUUUGCUGGCACAGCUAUUUUUGGAGCUGUACUAUGACCUGUAUCAGGGAAGCCAUCCUGCUGCUUUUUUUUUUUCUUUUUUCUUUUCUUUUUGUUUUGUUUUUUUAAAUGCAUGGGUGGUGGGCAGAAGAAGGAGAUGGAGCUGGUGAGAACUCAAAACCCCACCUUGCAGCAACAGCAGUGUCUCCUUGAAUGGGGUCUGUGGCAUUUCUUUUGAAUACAAACUCUGAGCCUGUCCAACUGUCUUAAACUGCUAUUGGGGGACUUAUUACAAGAACGUGUCAAAAAUUGGUUUUGUAGCUACCUUGUAAGGGCACAAACUUGGAUACUUCAGUUUACAUCUGAAUUUUGUACAGGAGUUUACAGAUUCAUGAUAAUACGCCUCAGAACAUGAGCAAGUGCAGCAAACAGCUCUGAAUCAUGUCUGAAUAGGGUACAAGUUAGUAGGGACUUUGGUGCAAAAGGUUUAAAUUAAAUAAUAUUCCUACUCCCCACCCCCAAAUGGGCUCACUACGCUGUGACACAUAUUUUGCAAGACUCUGCUUCAAUCAAUGCUAAAAGCCAUGGUUUUCAUGCACCAGUGGAGUAUAGAUUUUUUUUUAAAGUUUGCUGUUGGAGUUCUGCUUUGUUUUUUGUUUUAGCUUAGUGUAUGUACACCAUGUGCUAUGCUUUAGCAUACACUUUCCAAACUCUGUUCUGUGCUUUUUGUUGUUUCAGCAGGAUUUUAUCUCUUAUUAGCAAGCUCCAGCCAAGGUGUGGUGACUGACAAUAGAAGAUUGAUGUAAACAUUAACGAAUUAACUGGGGCAGGAUAUGUGCUGGGCAAGGCCAGCAGCAGGAACCUUUGCUCAGGUGCAGGGCAUGACCCCAGCACCUGCACAGGAAGGAGCUGUGAGCAGGUGCUUGCUAGUGCCCCUGCACAGGAGAGGGGGAAAAUCACGGUCAGCCCAAGGGCACCUUGCAGAAGCCUUGGGAGCACUGGCCUGUGUAGUGAGGGUGCACAGAACAGAGCAAAGCUGAAGGGCUUGAAAGGCAAGGACAGCACUUUGAAGCAUUUUGAAGAUCUUGCCUCAGAAAGAGCUCAGUGGUUAGGGUGCAACUUCCUUCACUGCCUUGCAUAACCUCCUAUAGCCAGCAAAGCCUUGUCACCUUGCUGAUUAUCUCCCUUCUUCAGGACAUUUAAGAAUAUACAGAAUAGCGUGGAAUUCUGCCUGUGUUCUACCUCCUGUACAAGAACUGACCAUUCACACGUUUUAAGCUGGACUACCAGCUGCAAAUUUACAUGCUUCCCAUCAGAUUGCACUGUCUUCUUGGUACAUAAAAGAUGUCGUUCAUUCAGUGCAGUGAGUGUUUCUGGUUGUUACACUGCUUGAAAGCUUGCACUAGAAACUAGUGGGACAGUUCUUUCCUUUCUGUCUUAACUCCCUUCCAAACUCUUUCUCUUAAACUUUGGAAACUCUGCUCCUGCUGCAGCCAUCUCACACCACGGAACAAACAGAAUUGCUGAGCUCUCAGGGGUCAGGCAUUCAUUGCCCAUGCUCACGUGGCAGCUCAGCAAGUGGUGUGUGCUGCCUACACUCAAUUCUACAAAGAAAAAAGGGGAAUAAAGCAAAAAACUCUGUACCUGUUCAUAAUUCCAUCAGGUAAGACUAUGAGAGAUGAAGCAUUUUUGUCUACUGAACACUGAGUGUGUUAAGUGGGGAAAGGACUGUAUGGAAAAAUUUUCAGACAAUAGAUGGAAUAUCCAAAAGUUGGCUGUCUUUGUUGGCAGGGAGAAGAACAAUGUCAUUCCACUUCACCUACAGGAAAAUCCUAUAGGAAUGCAAGCAGAAGAUAAGUUUAAAAGAAUAAGAUUUCCCUGCUUAUCCCUGAUGCCUUUAAACACCACUCAGUUGCACAGAAAUUUCUUGUGGAAUUUUCAAGUUAUGUUGCUCUGAAAUGUGAUUUUUUUUAAAGGAAGUAAAAACAAAUAGAUGAGGUGGAGUGGAUGGUAAAAAAAAAUACAUUUUUGGAGAAUACCAGUAUAUGUUAAGAUGUUUCUUUCUGUUGCUUGCAUAAAGCCUGGAAAGAAGCGUGAAUCACAGUAAUCCAUUUUGGAGAUAUAUACAUACAUACAUACAUAUACACAACCUAUUACAUUUUUUUUGUCUUCUUACUGCACUUACUGACUUGUCUCUUCAGUUUGUUAGAUCACCUAAUCCAUUAGUAAUUUGUCGCAGAGAUUACUCACGUUUUGCCACUUUCUGUUCCAGGAAGGUUGCAGUGAGUCCUGUGGAGAGCCGAGUCCCCGUCUCUCGUCUCAGCGCAGUGAGCUCCUUGUGUCAUGGUAGCGAUCCCCGCGGCUGCGAGCUGGACUCUGCUCCCUGCAGAGGAGCUGCUGCCCUGCUGCCAGCGGCUCCUCCAAGCCUGGGGUGCAUUACCUGGAAAAUGUGAAAAUACAUUGGCUACAUUUUGCAUUUUUGUAAAAUUACAAAACAUGAAAUAAAGCCUUGGAAAUGGCUCUACAAAAAAUAGACCUAAUCUUGCAAGGCUAGAACUUUAAUGCAGAGCAGCUGGAAGUAGUUAGAUAUUGGAACCACUGCUGAUUUGGUUGCAUCUUCCAACAUGACCAAUCCUCAGCCUACAAUUGAAGGCAGUGUUUCAGAAGUUGAGAUCAUUUCCCAGCAAGUGGAAGAAGAGACCAAAAGCAUUGCUCCUGUGCAGCUUGUUAAUUUUGCUUAUCGAGAUCUACCUUUGGCUGCACUUGAUCUGUCUGUGGCUGGGUCCCAGCUUUUGCCAAAUUUGGAUGAGGAGUACCAAAGAGAAGGAUCUAACUGGCUAAAACCGUGCUGUGGGAGACGAGCAGCUGUGUGGCAGGUAUUUUUGCUCAGUGCAAGUCUCAACAGUUUCCUGGUAGCCUGUGUAGUAUUGGUGGUGAUUCUUCUGACUCUGGAACUCCUAAUAGAUAUAAAGCUUCUCCAGUGUACACAGGAAUUAGUCACACAUCUCAUACCAAAACAGCGUUGGGGUGAGAACAUGAAGCAGUGGCAGAGCAUCAAAGACCUGAGCUGUGUCUGCCAUUGCUUACCAGCAGCAAGAUCUGUUAAAGCUCCAGUGAAGGCUGCUAACAUGGUGAAUAAAGUUUCAAGUGCUUCCCAGUUUGCAGGAGUAAUUCACUGGAUCAGCCUAGUCAUCCUCUCUGUUUUCUUUUCAGAGACUAUUUUGAGGAUUGUGGUCCUUGGCAUAUGGGAUUACAUUGAAAACAAAAUAGAGGUGUUUGAUGGUGCUAUCAUAAUCUUGUCCUUGGCACCAAUGGUGGCCUCAACCGUGGCUAACGGCCCCAGCAGCCCAUGGGAUGCCAUCAGCCUUAUCAUCACUCUGCGGAUAUGGAGAGUGAAGAGGAUCAUUGAUGCAUAUGUCCUUCCAGUGAAAGUGGAGAUGGAGAUGAUGAUUCAGCAAUAUGAGAAGGCAAAAGUUAUUCAAGAUGAGCAGCUGGAAAGACUAACCCAGAUCUGCCAAGAACAAGGGUUUGAAAUCAGGCAGCUGAGGGCCCACCUUGCUCAGCAGGAUUUGGACCUGGCUGCAGAGAGAGAGGCUGCACUGCAGGUCCCACACGUGCUGAACAAACAGAGCAGCAAGAGGUACAAGGUGGUGGCCACUGAAGACUCGGACGAUGAAGCCACCGAGAACAUCGCUGGGCUGCGACCUGCACGAGACAGCGGAGUCCCCGAGGCUGCCAUCGGUGUGACCACGGCCGCCAUCGACGUGCACCGGCCCAACAUCUCCUCGGAGCUGUUCACGGUGGACGCGCCGCUGCGCCUGGGCAGCACCGGCACCUCGGCCAGCCUCACGUCGGGCAGCGCUUCGCGCUCCACCGUCAGCUCGGGCACACGCGGCUGCAGCGAGAGCAGCCAGACCCUGGGCUCGUCCCCGGACUGCAGCACGGCCUGCGAGGAGCCCCGGCAGCGCACGGCCCAGGCCGCGGUGCAGGAGCUGCUCUCGUCGCUGUCGGAGGAGGCCUGCCUGGCGCAGAAGGGGCUGGAUCCCGUCAACCUCAAACUGCCCAGCCCGGCCGGCUCCGUGGGGGCCAGCCCCGACCUCGGCCACCGGCUCAGCGUCUACAACCGCAGGAACCAGGAGAGUCUUGAUGUCUUCCAGCUCAAGCCACUCCUCGACUGCCCCCAGGGUGCCCCAGUGAUUGAGGAGAAGUAUGGGGUGCUGGGGCCCCCAGAGCCACGGCUGGGCAGGGUUCCUGAGGCAUAGGGCCCGCCCGGGGAACGGGGACUCCUGUGAGGACACACUCAGCACGCGGGCCCACAGGUGAGGUGGCAGUGCUGAAGACAUCCCGUUGCAUCUCCUGCAAUGGCCACCAGCCUAGGGCCCGGCCAGCGUUGCCUCUGCUCCCCAGUGUCUGUGGCACAUGACCUACCUGCCCUGCCACCAGCUCUGGGCCAGCUGGGACCUACAGUGGCCAUCUGAGAACAAUGGACCUUCCAGCAGUCUUGGGGCAAUAUGGACCCACAGGGCCUGGAGGGACAGACUGUGCCGGGAACACCACGGAACUUCCACCAGUCUAGGGCCAGCACGAGCCCCAUAGUGCUGGGGGCAGGACAGAGCUGCUGGACAGCUUGGGCCCAGUCUGGCUCCCCAGCCUGACACUGCCCAGGGGCUGAGUGUGACUGGGAAGGGUGUGGAGAUGGGAAUAAACACUGACAAACA